AUGCCUGCCUCUGACCCACCCUCUGACGAUUACUUCCAGUACUACAGCGACGAUCCAGCCCUCCUCCAAGCGGCUGAAGCACUCGACCCGCCUCCUGUCGCCGCACGCCGGACCCCGUCGCCUGCGUACGUCCUGAGCAACGUUCACGACAGGGCGACACCCGCUCCCGGCGACGCCGCCCCACUUCCCAGUGACCCGCCCGACGUUGACACGUCGCUCGUCGUCAAAUGGCAAGAGCAUGACACAGCGUCUCCUUUGCAGGGUGAUUUUCAUUCUUCUGGAACAUCUCUAGACACUUAUCAGGCUUUCGCAGAACUCUUGGGAGGUUCUGCGAUCGUCCCGUCUCAGAAGGCGCAUGACGUCGUUAACAGUACCUCGAUGAACGGUGACACGGCUGCUCACGGCAAAACCCAGACUCCCACCGAUUGGGACAGCUCCCCUUUCGCUAUGACACCCGGUGUCUCAAGGGACAUCAUGGUCUCCAACCUUCGACCGCUCUCGUUGGAAUCCGUUUGCCGUGCUCAGAUCGCCGGCGAGUACGACGGUGCCCCCAUUUGGUGGCUUGACGGUUGCAAGAUAGACCAGUUUGUUUGUGUCGCACGCAUCACGGAAUGGACCUACCGGGACGGCUCUAUACACGCCGUGAUCGUCGACGACACUCGAACGUUCCGUGCCUUGUGGGGCGAAGACGUGCCCCUCCCUUCCUUCACAGCUCCUCAGCCAAGUUAUGGCGACCUCGUCCUCUUCACCGCUCGAAUCGAGUAUUCCCCCGAGGGCUUCAACUACGAACCAGCGGACGACGGCGCUCGGGAGUGGCUCCAUUUGGUCAUCCUCGAUUUCAAAAUCCUUCAGCGGAAGUCCUCUAGACCUCAAAUCGAAGCAGACCUACAGGCGUACAGCGAUCUUCUCGCUCAUUAUGACAGCUGGUCGUCCCUCGACGUUGACCAUCAACGUCUCGUAGCCAUCCAGGGCUUCGUUCCGGGCCCCCUGCACCCUAUCUCCGAGUUCACGUGGUCCCUGGACCGGGACAUCAAAUGGGCAAUCGCCGGCCUCCUGGUCGACGACGCAAGCCUUGUCGCCAUCAAGAUCAGCAUGGUUUACCGGCUGACCCGCCGCUGUCAAGCUUUCGUCCGGCUCCUUGACAUCCUCCGGGACGUUUGGUGUGCCCUAGCUCACGUUGACAUGUACAGCCCCACGUCUGUCAACAAUGCGUUCGCACUCCUUCUCAAUCGCCGGCUCGUAUCCCUGGAACCCUCUCCUUCUCCUUGGUCGCUUGCCAUGGCCGGUCACUUCCCUGGACCACUCUCUGAGCUGCACACCGACGUCACAGCAGGCUUAGAUCGCCGCGCUUCCUCGUCCCGAGUGUUCCUGUCAAAACAUGACAGCUCCGUAGAACUAGACCCUAUUCGUCUCGCGCUCUUCGAUGUGUCAAACCUUGUACUGUAUUUGGAAUCUUUUGAGCCACCCGCCGCGUCUCGAUGCGCACACUGUCCCGUUUCCGGACAUGUCGAUUCGGUUCCUCGUAUUCGCGCUGCUUUCCGGCCCUCGACAAACCCCGUCGUCGAGCGCGUCCGUUCACCCAGUAUCCGCGUCAACUUUCCCUUCCGUACACCUCUUCCGUUGCACGCGUUCGCCGUCAACAGACCCCCUCCCAACACGCAGCAUGCCUCGACAGGAUCAAUCUGCCUCGCACACCCGCGCAGCGACGCCAUCCCGUCCUCCGCCUCAGGUGCCACGGCUUCCGUGCAUGCCCGCGCUGCUUCGCGUUCUGUUCGUUUUGCACCGCCUCCCUCAGACGCUCUAUUUCCCAAGUAUUCACUGCAACAUCUACGCGACGCUCAUCAUGUCUUCGUCAAUCACGAGACAGCCGUGCGUUGGUCGUAUUACGGUCGGGAAGUCACUGACUUCGUUGUCGUCGCUCGAGUACUCUUCUGGGACCUAGAUUCGGACGGUCUAUUAGCCGAUGUCGAGGACCUAUCCAACAACACCAUACAGUUGCUCAAUGUGGAUCCUAACCUGCCGGACGACAUGUAUCCUCGCGUUCGGCCUGGCGACAUCGUGUCCAUCAAUGGCUCGCUGAAGAUAUCAUGGGACCAGAAGACGCAUAUCCGACCAUUCACCGUUGUCGUUCUGACCCCGGUGACCGCACCCCUCGCUCGUCACCUCACCACGCUCCAAGACCAUCUUCGCGAAGCCGACAAACAGCGUUCUGCGAGCCGCCUUGCCACGCUGAAGCGGCGCUCACCUCGUGCUGGCUUCGCAAAGAUACGCAGCGACCUUAUAUUCAACUGGCUCAUCCGCUCAGCGAACCAAUGUUACAAUCAACAAGGAUUGUUCGAUCGCGUUCGAGUGACCUACUUUCAGCAACACCCGCCGGUCGAGGCUUGCGCUCGCCUCAUUCAGAGCUGGUACUCCUGCAACACUCGGGCGCGCCGCGCCAUACCAAUGGAACGCGUGUUGCGCGACCUCGCUGUGCCCCUUCUGGACACUAAACUUCCGAAUCUUGUCGAUAGUCUCAAGUACGCGUUCGCCUUGCAGUACAACCACCGAACUAACGGCGUCUUCAGCGACGCCUUCGAUACCCUUGUCGGUCGAGGAGACAUUCGCGAAAUCAUUGUCGGUCGUGAAUUUGCGUUCUAUUUUUGA